AUGACGAAGAAGAACAGGGGCUUCGACCCGUUGCGUUUGGGUGGUGCGAACGGUAAGAAAGAGGCUUCUUUGUUGCAAACGAGGCGACGACCGUUUUUGCGAUUCGAGGUUGGAGAACGUUUGGAGUUUUCUUGUUUCGUCGGUGGCAACUUCGAGGAGGAGCAUCAAAUCACCGGGCGAGUCGUUGGCGUGCACGUGAAAUGUAACAACGUGAAUUGCGAGGUCGUGCAUCCGUAUAAGGCGGAAGUUGACGAGGAGUUUCGCGCUUUGCUCGGGUAUAAAUUUUAUCUCAUCCGUGACGACACGAACGAAAGCUGUCGCUUGGAAAACACGGGGUGCUACAAAAGCAAGAGGAGACCAAAGUUGAGAUUUGAGGUUGGCCAACGGGUGCAAGCGAGAGUGGUUUCGUUUUCAGAUCCAACGAGUAAUAUGUGGGAGACUGGAACGAUAGUGGAACACUGGACUCGACCCCCGGGUUUUGAUAUCUCGGAUGGGUGCGCUUUGCCGUACAAGAUUCGCAUUCACGACGUGUCAAAAAAUGACGUGCGAGACGGUGCCGAUUUUGUUUGCGCCGAUUUCGACGCAGACAGUUGCGUGAGAGAAGAAGUAAGGGCAACAAUUGGACCACCGACGACGUUGGCGACGUUAUUGUUGGAGAUACCAGAUCUUUUCGAGAAUGAAAUAAUUUGGCGGUUAACCACCGGCGAUUUGAAGCGAUUUGCGUUGAGCUCGAAGAAGUGUUACGAGAGAGUGAAACGAUCGUUUAAUACGUACGAGUUUGAGGAUUUGACUCUGGAGAAGCUUCAAGAAGGACCGAGUCCACUUAUGGAUUUGUUUGAGAAAGAGGAGAACAAAGAUUUGCUCGCGAAAGUCGUGUCAUUCCUGAAUCCGACAGACGUGAAAUUCGCGUGUUUGGCGACGAAAACAAUGUUGACAGGUUUGAAAGGAACCGGAUGGCAAGUGUCCUCGCAUCGAAACGGCACGUUCCCAGACUCUCGAGUGAUGACCCCUGAUCACGGUGUCUGGUUCAUUCACGAGUUUUCUUCAGUAACUACCCUGAAAAAGUUCUUCGAAAGAUUCUUCGAUCCUGAAAUUUACGCAAACACGGGUCGUAUCUUCGACAGCGUUUGGGUAGGUUUAUGUGUCAUUGGGAGGAUGGAACUCGUCGACUGGUGGAGGAACGAAAAAAUUUGUGCCGAGAAUAACUGGAACUGGCACCCAGUGGCUCCAAUAAUUGCCAGACAGGAAGGACACGAAGAGUUUGCGAAAGCGUUGAUCGACCGCGGAUGUAGUGAUGGUCCGAUACCCGAACGAUUUCGCUGUUGUAUGAACUGUCCUCGCGCGGCAUAUCAUUUGACCGCCACCGAUGAUAGUGAUGAAGAGGAGGAAAGUGAAGAGGAGGAGUGA